AUGCUUCCCAUGGCGCGACCUGUUAUCGCCGGCGCACUGGCCCGGCCUCAAUUGGCUCUAUGCCUUCGCCCACAGUCCAUUGCCGCCUUGUCCACCUCAACCGUUAAAUCUGCAACUGCUCUUGAGCGUCAAACACCAUCAGGGCAAUCAAUGAGUGCCUCCGGCAAGCUACGCACCGAGGUGCCUCUCGGUAGCCAAGAGAAGAAGGAGGGUGCUAUGCAAUAUGUCUUGACUACGCUCGAUCAAGUUGCCAACUGGGCUCGUCAAAGCUCUCUGUGGCCCAUGACCUUCGGUCUUGCCUGCUGCGCCGUCGAGAUGAUGCAUCUUUCCACCCCCCGCUACGAUCAAGAUCGUCUGGGAAUUAUUUUCCGUGCCUCCCCCCGUCAAUCCGAUGUUAUGAUUGUUGCCGGUACUUUGACCAACAAGAUGGCUCCUGCUCUGCGACAAGUCUACGAUCAGAUGCCCGAUCCCCGCUGGGUCGUCAGCAUGGGUAGCUGCGCCAACGGCGGUGGCUACUACCACUACAGUUACUCAGUUGUUCGUGGGUGCGAUCGUAUCGUACCUGUCGAUGUCUACGUUCCCGGAUGCCCUCCUACCUCCGAGGCUCUUAUGUAUGGCAUCUUCCAGCUGCAGAAGAAGAUGAGACAUACUCGCAUCACUCGCAUGUGGUACCGUCGUUAA